AAUUCAGCUGCAAACACAGAAACAACAACAAUAACAAACAAACAACUCAGUAAUACACUGACAACCGAUCAACUGAUCAAUUGACUUAUCGACCAAUCAACUUAUAAACAAAAAAUCCUCGAAACCCAACAUCCUCACAAUGGCUGGCGAUCUUGUCCUUCUCACCGGUGCCACUGGCAUGAUCGGUUUCAAGACUCUUGUCGAAGUCGUCAAGGCUGGCUACAAGGUCCGCGUCGCUGUCCGAAACCAAGCUGGCUUUGAUCGUAUCACCGCUCUUAAGCCUCUUGCCCCUUACGUCUCACAACUGGAGAGCAUCAUUGUACUUGAUAUUACCAUCCCUGGCGCCUAUGAUGAAGCUGUCAAGGGUGUCAAGUAUGUCGUUCACAUUGCUUCUCCCCUAGCUCUCCCUGUCGAGGGCGAGGAGGCAUACCAGACUCAGAUCAUCCAGCCCGCCAUCCAGGGCACGGUUGGCAUCCUUGAGUCCGCGAACAAGGUUUCGGGUAUCGAGAAGAUUGUCAUCACAGCCUCCGUCUUGUCUGUCGCCUCCAUCAUGGCUAUGGCUACGGGAACAAAGGUCAACGAGGAAACUCGCGCCACUAGCACCGAGGGUCCCUUUGCUUCCAGCCUUUUCGCCUAUGAAGCCUCCAAGGCUCUGGCUUUCCAAGCUACCGAGAAGUUUAUCGCCGACAAGAAGCCUGCCUUUUCCGUCGUCAACAUCCUCCCUGUCUUCGUCGUUGGCCGCGAUGAUACCGUCACUGAUGUUUCCAGCAUCGCCAAGGGAACUAACGGCCUGAUGAUGGGUCCUCUCCUCGGCCAUGCCCGCGACCAGCCCCUCCUUGGCUGUGCUGUCCACGUCGAUGACGUUGCAAAGAUGCACGUGCUUUCUUUGGAGCCCUCUCUCAAGGGCAACCACGAUUUCCUCGCCUGCGCACAGCCAAAUGAAGUGGUUGAUUGGGCAGACUCUUUCGAGAUUGUUAAGAAGCGCUUCCCCGAUGCUUAUGCCAACGGCGCGUUCAAGUUCGAGUCUAUUCCUCGACCCGUCUCAGUCCCGGCAUAUAUCGACUCAACAAAGGCCGAAAAGGCUCUUGGCUUCAAGUUCAAGUCAUUUGAGGAGCUGACUGUCUCGGUUGUGGGACACUACCUCGAACUCAUUGGUAGCAACUAAAUUACUAUCACACGAUGUAAUAAUGGGAUCACAAGAAUGGGGGGAGUAUAACUGGAAUGUUUUUGUGGAGCAUAUUCAAUCAAUCCGAUAUGCUUAGAUUAGAUUAGCGAUGAAUUGAUUUGAUCUUAUUU